AUUUCACUUUUGUUUGUGACUGUGUGUGACUGUUACUGUACCGAUACAAGUUCUUCCAUAACUUUGGGAUACUGUUAAGAGAGGACACUGUUUUUCAAAUAUUUCAGACCAGGAUAUGUAAAAAAAGGACAUUCACAAAAGAUGAAUCCUGAAUAAAUAAGAACCUUGUAAAGCUACGCAUUUUACCAGACAUUUUCUGAAGAUGGCAAAACUUAUCAUGGGGUAUUUUUUCUUGAUAUUCCUUCUUGCCUGUACUCCUUCAUUUUGUCAAAUAAACUUGAAUUUCGAUUAUGAUGCACUGGAAGAAGGAAAUAUGUUUGAUGAGGAUCUGUCCCAUGAAGUGCAAAGAUUUAAACGUGCAUCAGAUAUUAUUGACAGUCCUUUUCUCAAAUUUGACAUUUACAUUGAGAUACCGCCUGAUAUUUUAGAGGAGGUGAGGGGAAUACUAAACAAUUUUACAUUUCCGAUAACAUUAACUAUCCCAGGAGACCCUGAUGCAAAUAUUACUUCUUUGGAAAUGACAGCAGUGUGCACACUUUUGGAUAAUGAAACACAGUGUGCUUGUGAAAGUGGAUACCUCUGGAAUCUUAAUAUGUGCAACACAUAUGAAAGCUGCUCAGACAGUACAAGAGGCAGCUGUGAUUGUAUACGAAACCUUCCCGAAAAUGGAACAUGUGAACUAAUGGGAGAUUCAACUACAACAGCAGAACCAGGAAUAACACAAUUACCAACCUUCUAUAUCAUAGACACAACUCAAGAUCACUUCUACAAUGCUUCUCUUGAAUAUGACAUUUACAUUGACAUCCCUGCUGAUCUACUGGAUGAGGUGAACCAAAUUCUGAGUGGCAUUACAAUUCCUUUUAUAUUAAGUUCCAGUCAAGACUUCAAUGGAAGCCUUACUUCUCUCCAGCUGACUACAGUGUGUACAGUUGUGGAUUAUGGCACAGAGUGCAUUUGUGAAGAUGGCUACAUGUGGGACAGCCAAAUGUGCAUUACAUAUGGACGGUGCUUUAAUGCAACAGAAGAAGACUGCACCUGCAUAAGAGAAAUGCCUUCAAAUGGAACUUGUGAGCAUCUUCGUGUAACAACCCCAUCUCCAGCAACGUACCUGACAACAAUAACACACCGAGUUUCCAAAUUUAUUAACUAUGAAAUUUACAUUGAGACUCCUGAUGCUCUACUAAAUGCUCUGAGGGAAACUUUUAAAAGCCUUACCGUUCCUGUCAUAUGGAAUACACCUUCAGAUAUCACAGUAAACAUCACCUUCCUGGAGAUGACUGCAGUGUGUGCACUGACAGAUUCCAACACUGAGUGUGUUUGCGAGGAACAACACAUUUGGGACAGCCAGACAUGCAACAUGUAUGGAAGCUGCUUAAAUACAACCUCAAACAACUGUAGUUGUGUUAGAGAUAUUCCUUACAAUGGAACCUGUGAGCCCUAUUCACCUCCUCCAGUUUCCAAAUUUGUUAGUUAUGAAAUUUACAUUGAGACUCCUGAUGCUGUACUAAAUGUUCUGCGGGAAAUUUUCAAAAGCCUUACAGUUCCUUUCAUACUGAAUACAACUGUGGAUAUCACAGCAAGCAUCACCUUCCUGGAGAUGACUGCAGUUUGCGCACUAACAGAUUCCAGCACAGAGUGUGUUUGUGAGGAACAACACGUUUGGGACAGACAGACAUGUAACAUGUAUGGAAGCUGCUUAAAUACAACCUCAAGAAACUGUAGUUGUGUUAGAGAUAUUCCUUACAAUGGAACUUGUGAGCCCUAUUCACCUCCUCCAGUUUCCAAAUUUAUUAAAUAUGAAAUUUACAUUGAGACUCCUGAUGCUCUACUAAAUGCUCUGAGGGAAAUUUUCAAAAGCCUUACUGUUCCUUUCAUCCUGAAUACAUCUUCCGAUAUCACUGCAAAUGUCACAUUCCUGGAGAUGACUGCAGUGUGUGCACUAACAGAUUCCAACACAGAGUGUGUUUGUGAAGAACAACACGUUUGGGAUAGCCAGACAUGCAACAUGUAUGGAAGUUGCUUAAAUACAACCUCAAACAACUGCAGCUGUGUUAGAGAUAUUCCUUACAAUGGAACAUGUGAGCCCUAUUCACCUCCUCCAGUUUCCAAAUCCAUUAACUAUGAAAUUUACAUUGAGACUCCUGAUGCUCUACUAAAUGGUCUGAGGGAAAUUUUCAAAAACCUUACUCUUCCUUUUAUACUGAAUACACCUUCAGAUAUCACAGCAGACAUCACCUCCCUGAAGAUGAUUGCAGUUUGUGCACUAACAGAUUCCAACACAGAGUGUUUUUGUGAGGAACAAAACGUUUGGGACAGCCAGACAUGUAAUAUGUAUGGAAACUGCUUAAAUAAAACCUCAAACAACUGUAGCUGCGUUACAGGUAUUCCUUACAAUGGAACUUGUGAGCCCUAUUCACCUCUUCCAGUUUCCAAAUUUAUUAAAUAUGAAAUUUACAUCGAAACUCCUGAUGCGCUACUAAAUUCUCUGAGAGAAAUUUUCAGAAGCCUUACUCUUCCUGUCAUACUGAAUACACCUUCGGAUAUCACAGCAAACAUCACCUUCCUUGAGAUGACUGCAGUGUGUGCACUAACAGAUUCCAACAUAGAGUGUGUUUGUGAGGAAAACCACAUUUGGGACAGCCAGACAUGUAGCAUGUAUGGAAACUGCUUAAAUACAACCUCCAACAACUGUAGCUGCAUUAGAGAUAUUCCUUACAAUGGAACCUGUGAACCCUAUUCACCUCCUCCAGGUAACUACUCUUCCAGUACAUUAUAA